GUUGAUGAAAAAUGCAAACAUAUCUGAAUAUUCGAAUUUAUUAAUGAAAAAUCAGAAUGCUUUCAUCCUUGUAAUAUAACUAGGAUGAGACAUCGUCUUCGAUUCAGAUAUAAUUGACGCGUCGACUGCACACGCGCUCAGUUAGAUACAGUGGGGAUAAAGGAAGUGAGGAUAUACCGGAUUCGAGACUGAUGGAAAGUAGGAACAGAAUCAAGCUAGCCACGCAUGUCAGGGGGAAGAUGGUGCGCAUAGCUGAGAAACAGUGCGUUAGUGGGGGUAACUAAUUCAAGUGGAAGGGAGACGGCGCACGCACACCUAUGUGGGCACGGAAUUCGGAAGAGCGGCAACUUCAGUGGCAUUCGUUUGCGAACCGCGGUACGGUGUGGCUCGCGGUUAUUUCGUAAUACACAUAUUUUAAUUUCAACCCUUCGAUUUCGUAGUGUUUCAAUCUUUGACAUAGUACGAAUCAAGUGAUUUUUAAUACGCAAUUAAUCACUGUUGCCUUACAAAAUAGAAGUUCUUUGAUAAAUCAUUAAAAAAAGGAAGAAAAUAUACUAACAAAUUUCUCCGAAAUUUUCGUGCCUAAAUUAUCAAUUGUGAUCGUGAAGGCCUAUAUAUAAUAGAUUCAUAAUUAAAGUAAAUAAGUUUAUAAGAAGAAACAGAGUAUCAAACAGUAUUUCAUCACGUUCCUUCUCAGUAAAACUCGUGGAAAGUACUGUACGCUUCAGUUCACGGUAUACUAUUCAGAGGGACGGAACAAGAGAGAAGGAAUAAAGGAGAAAAAAAGAGAAGAGUCACUUUAUCGAAGAAAGCUCACAAUCGAGCUUUUACAUUCUCAUCUUUUUGUUGAUGUAUUUUAAUUCAUUUUAACUAAUAUUUUUUUUCUGAAAUGUAUUGUUUUAUCGAUAAUUAUGAUUUAUACAUGUCAGUAAUUCAAUGAACAUUGUGCGGAUGAUUUUGUUUGAUCGAUGUAUCGCGUUUGAUCUUGGCAGAUCUCGAUAAUCGAAAGUGAAUGAAUUCAAGUGGUGGCGCACCAGAUUGAACUUUAAGGAAAAUUGAAUAUUUUAAACAUGAAGCUCAAAGGAACAUUUAUGUUGUUAAUUAUUGCUAAUGCAGUCUACAGUCAAAAUGCAACUGUAAUCACAAGCGACGAUGCUCUUCAAGGUUACGACCCUCUCUUCAUGGUCGGUUGUUAUUUUCCCGCGGAAUUUCAGGGUGAGUUCGUGACACAGGUGAGCGGAAAAGAUACAAGCAACGAACCUAUUCAAUAUUCUACUAUCAACAUCACGUUCAACGCUGUUCCCGUGUGGGGUUAUUGCCAUAGGAGGGUCGGCGAUAACGUGUUGCUAAUGGACAGAUAUGGUGAUGGUGACUGCAUUCGAUGCUUUCGAUUAUCAAGAAGAUCACGAAAUGUUAUAGAAGUAUUCUCUGAAGAUUUAAACAGAUGUUACACUUCAGAAGCCACUGCUUUGAUUUCUUGUGAUAAAUUAAAUUCGACAUCCAUUUUAUAUCGUACUAGAGAAAUUGGAAAUGUUCCUAUUAGAAAUGAAUAUUGUCCAAUAACUGGCCAGUAUCAUUUUACAUAUAAUCUCAAUAAUGGAUCCGAUAAAACUAUUGAAUGUAAUAGCUUUUCAUCUUCUUUUAACAAUUGUCCUGAUGGUUCAAUCUUAAGAUUACACUUUAAUCGAUGCACCUUUGAAUCUUACACAAAUCUUACAUUUAAUUGCUUAGGCAAUUGGCCUGGUCCAAAUGGUUCUAUUUAUUUUGCUUUGAUGGAUAACAGUGCGACUUAUGAAGGUAGACCACAGUAUAGAUGUGGGUUAUUUCAUGUUGACAAUAAAAAAGGAAAGACAUAUAUGGCACUCAGCAGUGAUUCCAGUUGUACACAAGAUCUAGAUAAUUCCACUAGUGGAUAUGAAACAUUAAUCCUUAGUAAAGUUCCAAAUCAAAAAAAGAUGCCAAAUUAUGUGAAGACUCAUGUAGCAACAUUUCCAAAAUGGGCACAAGGUCUAUGGGAAGAAUCUCUUAUUGUUAAUGGUACUAUGACUUUCACUGAUCUUAAUGGGUAUAAUAGUUAUACGUUUAUUACCGUUGAUUCUAACGAAGAAACUGGCCGCUAUAUCGUUUACUCCAAAAAUCAAUGUGAACAAGCAGCUUACGUAUGUUUAAUGAUGAGGCAACGAAGUGAAAAUGUAUUAGAAUUUGCAAUAGGUGUACUUUUAAGCCCAGUUUAUAAACCCUCAUUGUGCGAUAAUCCUUUAGAUAAGCCUGUUUGGAUGACACAAGCACGCGUUGAACGUGCAGUAGAAUCACCUUGCCCGAUUACUGGAGAAUAUAUGGGAAUGAUAACUGAUUUAUCAGGAAUGUGUGCUGAAUUAAGUAGUAAUUGUAACACUCGUGAAAUAAUGUAUUUUAAAGUUACUGAUUGUGAAUCUGGAGAACUUUAUGAAGAACGAGCAUACUUAUGCUUAGGACAAUGGGAAGAAAAAGGUGUAAUGUAUACAUAUACUAUGAGAAACGAUACUAGUACUAACGAAUGUUUUGUUGGUUUAAUUGUAAAUGAUGAAGAAAUCUAUAUCAAAGAAGCGGGAGAUCAUUGUAUGAGAAAUAUUGAUCCUAAAAAAGAAGGAAUGCGUCUAUAUAAGAAAGGUCAAUGUUAUGGAAAUUCCCCAAGUCCUGCACCAACACCAAUGAAACCAAUUCCUCACAAUCCAAUAAUGAGAAUCGCCACUACUCCGCGAUCGAGAAUUUCAGGUACCACUAAUAUAUCAGGAAAUAAUAUUCCAUCAUUUGCUUCACAUAAAAUCACUGCAUCUUAUAGUUUUAUGGUAUUUAUAAUGGUAAUUGCGUUUUUUAAAAAUAUUUAUACAUGUAUUUGAGUAUCAAUACUGUCAAUAAUAAUAAUUAAUUUAGUGAAUGAAUGCAAGACACAGAACAACAAAAUAUUAUUGUCUUGAAGUGAAGUUAUAAAAGUUUUUUAAAUUUUAUUAAGAUUACUAACUAAAAAUGAUUGAGGAAGUAAAUAUUAUACAUGAAGUAUAUAUUUAAAAAAUUAUUAUAUUACUGACUGACUUAAAGAAAUAUAAAAAUAUUUAAAUAUUUUUAAUUUUUAAUAUAGACAAGUAUAUUAAUAUCAGUAAUACAAAUAUACUUGUUUUAAAAGAUGCAUUAUAAUAUACAAUGCAAUAUGUAAAUGAAAAUAUCUAGAUAUCUCCAUUAUUUACAUUCUUAUAAAUAUCUUCAUAAAUAAUAAAGAUAUUUACGUAUUUCCACUUAAAUGAUGCAUCUUUUGAAUGUUCAUUCAAAUAUCAAAUUUUCACCAAACACUGCCUUGUAAGAUACAAAUAAUAGUAAAAAGAAAAUUAUAUCUUGCUAGGAAACUCCAAAGAAAUUCAUGUACAAUAAUUUUUGAUUUUAAUACAUUUUUUAAUUAUUCAAUUAUAUAUUAAAUCAAAUGAGUAAAUACAAUUACAACUAUUAACCAAUUAAUGAGACUGAAUUAAUAAUAGUAUAUAGAAUGGUUCACCAAUAACAAAAUACGUAUAUAUAUUCCAUAAAUUUGUACUUAAAAGAAAAAAUUAAUAUUACUUUUUCAUAAUAUAAUACAUAUUUAUUAAUUUAUUUCAAAAAAAUUGAAAAUGAAAUUGAAAACUUAAAACAAUAUAUAAAAUUAUUAAUUUUAAUAAUAUAGUUUCUUAAGAUUAUUUUUAAAAAAUCAAUAACAAUAAAUUUUUUAUAAUUUUUACAUAAUAAUUAGAUUAAAUUUAAUAUCAAUUUUUACAAAUAACAUAAGCAAAUAUAUUUGUAUCUAAAAUAAGAUUUUUCUUUAUAAAUGAAUAGUAUGAAACAAUUUACAUUUUUAUAAAAUACUUUUAUAACUCAUUUUUAUAUUUAUAUUAUGCGCGUGCGCCUCUCUCUCUCUCUCUCUCUCUCUCUCUCUCUCUCUCUCUCUCUCUCUCUCUCUCUCUCUCUCUCUCUCUCUCUCUCUCUCUCUCUCUCUCUCUGUGUGUGUGUGUGUGUGUGUGUGUGUGUGUGUGUGUGUGUGUGUGUGUGUGUGUGUGUGUGUGUGUGUGUGUGUGUGUGUGUGUGUGUGUGUGUGUGUGUGU